AUGCGGCGCCUGGGAUCUGCAAACGGAAAGAAAAAACACUUCAAGUCCAGAAUCAAACAGAGAACAAUGUCAGAGCUCGUUUGGCUGAUCACUGGAUGUUCUUCGGGCUUUGGUGAGCAAUUUGUCCACAGCGUCCUGGCCCGUGGGGACAAAGUCAUUGCUACAGCUCGCAAAAUUGACAAGAUCCAGCACCUGCAGCAGGCAGGAGCCACGAUUCUGCAACUCGACAUCACCGACAAGCAACAGCAAAUUCGAGACACAAUAGCGGCGGCGAUUAAGGUACACGGCAGAAUCGAUGUACUGGUCAAUAAUGCUGCUUACAUAGCGAUCGGGACAUGGGAGGAUCUCGAAUAUGAAGACUUUCUUGCAGAAUUCGACACCAACGUUUUCGGAACCAUCAAGGUGACUCGGGCUCUUCUCCCACACUUUCGAGAGCGGCGAUCAGGAACCAUGGUCUUCAUAGGCUCCUUGUCAGGCUGGGUUGGUCAUGCCGGAUGUGGUGCAUACGCUGGCUCCAAGUUUGCUCUUGAAGGGCUGGUGGAAAGCCUAUCGCGUGAGACUGCCCAUCUGGGGUUCAAGACGCUCCUCAUUGAGCCUGGUAGAUUCCGCACAAAACUGCUCUCGAGUGGAAACAUGAAAUCCGUGGCAUCGGCGAUUCCAGAUUAUCAAGAAUUUUCGCAGAAUUUGCUGAAUGGAUUGAGCCAGUCGGAUCAGACUCAACCAGGCGACCCGGUGAAACUGGCAGAGAUCAUCUUGGACCUAGUACGGCAGGAAGGUGUUGCUGCAAGUCGAAAUGUUCCGUUGAGGAUCCCUCUUGGAGUAGACUGCUUCGAGGAGCUAAAGGCAAAGUGCGAGGAAACCCUUGAGUUGCUGAAAGAGUGGGAAGCCACUAUUAAGAGUACAAACCACGACGACUAG